UUUCGAUAAAAAUUUAAAUUUCCAUCUAAUUUAGAGAAGUUAAUUAGCGUUUUUCACUGGUAUCGAAUAAUGUCAUUUUUUCGCAGCGAACCGAUGUCGUUAUGCCAAAUAUUGUUGCAUACCGAAUCGGCUUUCAAUUGUCUCGUAGAAUUGGGUUAUUUGGGAGUUGUACAGUUUCGAAGUAUUUACGAUGAAACCGCUAUACCUAAUAAUGUGUAUAAUGUCGAAAUACAACGGUGCCAUGAUCUACAACGUAUCAUUGCCCAUUUACAAGACGAAAUCGAAGAUUUCAAAAUAAACGUCAUGUUUUAUCCGGAUGUCGAUGAAGAUGAGGUACCAAAAGCCAUCGAUCUUAGAGAUAUGGAAAGGCAAUUGCUGGAGGUUUACGACGAGUUAACGGAUGUUGAGCGUAAUUGUGAAAGUUUAAGGCGAAGACAUAAUCAUUUAUAUGAACACAUGAAAGUUAUAAUAAAGGCUGAUGAAUUUCUUACCGGUGAACGUAACACAGAGCCUGUAAUGGCAUGGACGUCUAGUGUAAUUAUGGAUCUAGUACAUGAUGAGAUGAAAAGUAAAGCACAACCGCAGGAUAAAUUUCAAUUGAGCUUUUUUGCUGGUACUAUACCACCACUUCGUUUUACCGCUUUCGAGACAAUGGUGUGGCGUAUAACACGCGGCAACUAUUUUAUAAAACACGAAGAAAUAACAUUUCCUCAAGAGGCCGGGCGAAAAUCGUCUCAAUUAGUACGCAAAUAUGUCUUCAUGUUAUACUUUUUGGGACCAUCUAUUCGAGAGAAGCUGACAAAAGUCUGCCAGGGCUUUGGUAUUAAGCUGUUCGAAUGUCCCGAAGGUACAGCGGAUAGACGAUUGGCCCUUCAAAAUAUUGAUCAAGAUAUAAAAUAUUUGGAUCGAAUUCUUGAGCAAACUGAAAAUCAUAGAUUCCGUAUACUAUUAAUAGCAGGUGUAGAUAUUUACAUAUGGAAAAUUAAACUGAAAAAAAUGCUUAUGGUCUACUAUGUGCUGAAUCGUAUGAGGAGAGUUAAGCAUUUGCAAAUGUCUAAAUAUUUGCAAGUAGAAUGUUGGAUCCCGACUGCCGAAGUGCGAAAUGUGAGAAGAGCUUUGAUCGUAGGAGCUCAGCAAAGCGCUAAAGACAGCCAAGAUAAUAUGUUUCCACCUAUGGUGACGGAAUUGCGCAAAAAGUAUUUAAGAGAUGAGGACAAACCAACACACUUUCGAUUGAAUCGAUUUACGAGAGGAUUUCAAAAUCUAAUCGAUGCGUAUGGCAUUGCCGCUUACCGCGAACUGAAUCCCGCUCCUUAUACGAUUAUAACUUUUCCCUUUCUUUUCGCCGUUAUGUUUGGUGAUAUGGGUCACGGUGUUAUAAUGGCAUCAUUUGGAUUUUGGAUGGUAAUAAAAGAAAAACGUUUAAUAGAAAAAAAUCGCAGAGAUCCAAAUCCAAGUGAAAUAUGGACCAUAAUGUUUGCUGGCCGUUAUAUAAUUGCUUUAAUGGGAAUAUUUUCCAUAUACACGGGCCUUAUUUAUAACGAUUGCCUGUCAAAAUCUUUCAAUAUAUUCGGUUCUAGAUGGCGCGUCAAUUAUACUACAUUUAUCGUAGAAAAUAAUCAUCAUCUUCAGCUGGAUCCGGCUCGGCCUGAUAAUUAUUUAGGCGAUCCCUACUAUGUUGGUAUGGAUCCUGUUUGGGAUAUUUCGGGAGAACAUGCCAUCACCACGUAUAAUUCUCUCAAAAUGAAAUUAGCGAUUAUAUUGGGUGUAACACAAAUGAUGUUCGGUUUAAUCUUAUCAGCUGUUAAUUACACAUAUAAAAGAGACUAUGUGGACGUCUUCUUGGUCUUUAUACCGCAAAUAACUUUCUUGAUCUGUGUCUUUUGCUAUUUAGUAUUUAUGAUAUUUUUUAAGUGGAAUAAUUACGGCGGUCAUAUAGCAGCGCCCUACAAUUCGGCCUGUGCCCCUUCAAUUUUGAUAACAUUUAUUAAUAUGCUGCUGCUGAAGAGUAACGAGGUACCGCCAGAAUGCAAUGACUGGAUGUUCUCCAGCCAGGAUGUUGUACAGAUCGUUCUACUGAUUUUUGCAACAAUUUCAAUUCCAAUCUUAUUAGCAGGUCGGCCUUUGUAUAUAAUUGCUCAAAAGAAGAGAAUAAUUGCAGCAAAAAGCGCUGCGCUACGUAGGUCUCGCACGCGUUCUACUUUAACAACCGCACGAAGGACUCUCGUAUAUAAUGUGGAGCUUUCCCAGUCUCGCAUUAGCGUAGCAGCAAAAAGGGAGAAAGAAGAUCCAACCGAAGACGUAGCUGAGUUGUGGAUACAUUCAGGUAUUCACUGCAUAGAAAGCAUUCUUGGAUCUGUAUCGCAUACGGCGUCGUAUUUACGAUUGUGGGCUUUAUCGUUGGCGCAUGAUCAGUUAUCGAGUGUCCUGUGGAAUAUGGUCUUAAAAAUUGGUUUAGCUGGUGGCCACGGUUAUGUGGAUAGCGUAGUAAUUUUUGUUCUAUUUGCAUUUUGGGCGACUUUAACGUUAGCCAUCCUUGUUAUAAUGGAAGGUUUAUCGGCAUUCUUGCAUACGUUACGUUUGCAUUGGGUUGAAUUUCAAUCGAAAUUUUAUGCGGGUUCAGGCGAAGCAUUUAUGCCAUUUAAAUUUCCCCCGAGUACAAUGUCCGGUUAAAAGCCGUAAUGAAUUUAAAAUUGAGUAAUUUUUUUUUCUUUAAUUUAUCUAAAUGUGUUUUUUUCACAUAUGUACUCCUACUUAUAUAUUCUGUAUAAUUUUUUGAUUAACUAGGGUAGAGAAAAGAAAACAAAAAAAAAAAAAAAA